UAAACAGCAGCAGCAGAAAAACAUUACAACGUGAAAAGCCUAUUCCAUAAAGUUUUAAUGGUCGAAAGGGAGAGCGGAAAACGUGUAAAGAAGGUAUAAUUUUGGAAGAGGAAUUGUUUUAUUCUGCAGAAGAAUAAUCAUGUCGGACAUAGAAAUUGAAGGAACGGGUGGCGAUGGAGAAAUGGACGUAAAUACCGCUCUCCAAGAAGUUCUUAAAACAGCAUUAACACAUGGAAAAUUAUCCAGGGGUCUUCAUGAAGCUGCAAAGUCGCUAGACAAACGUCAGGCAUUACUGUGUGUGCUAGCUACAAAUUGUGACGAACCUCUCUAUGUAAAACUUGUUGAAGCACUUUGCGCCGAGCAUCAGAUUAACUUGCUGAAGGUUGACAGUAAUAAGAAAUUAGGUGAAUGGGCUGGUCUUUGCACAUUUGAUAAGGAAGGAAAAGCAAGGAAAGUAGUUGGAUGCAGUUGUGUAGUAGUUGUUGAUUACGGAAAAGAAACACAAGCCCAUGAUGUCUUGAAUGGAUACUUUAAAUCCAAGAGAGCAUAAUGUUAAAAACAUUUUAAAUAAAAAAAAAAAGUAAAGAAA